CUUGGGGAAACUUGGUCUGGAAGGCAAAAAUGGGAGCGCACUCACCAUGGCUCAAUUUCUUGAUCUAACACCUUCAUUACAAUACAAGGAGGCCAACAAAGAGAAAGAUCUUGUUCACACCUUCAUGCAGCGGCUUCUAACAACAGAUUACAAAGCAAGACACCUCUCUGUCAAAUCUGAACCCAGAAUAACAAAGUCUCAGCAGGCAGCUGGAAAAGCUGGCUUUGAUGCUCUAUUUGAAAAAAAAGAUCAGCAUGCAGAACAAAAACAGCGAACACAAAGUCAGAGUCAUCCAAUGGAUGUUCAGAUGGCAGUGUUCCUCUGUGCAGAUCCCUUUCUUCAGCAGACCAUGGUAACUAAGUUGUCUCAGUGUCAGUACGCAGUUCCUUUGCUGGUUGCAAAUCCUUUCACUGGACAGAUUGAAUUCCCUCUGUGGACGAUGCGUCAGAUCAGUAAAAGCUGGAAGACCAUGGAUACUUCAGGCGAAUUCACCAGUAAGACCCUGCCCAUGCACAAAGCUCAAACUCCAAUGGUGGCGUUCUUCAGGAUUGGCUCCAUUUCCUCAUCCAAGUCUCAGCUGAUGAACAGGCUGAUCAAUGAGAAGCACGACACGUUCUUUCACAGGGACUGUCCAGGCAGCAGCAGAGAGCGUCUACUGAUGGACGGAGUGGUGGAGAUCGCCUGGUACCUUCCAUCUGGGAAAAGCACUGAUCAUUUCUCAGACUGUGUAGCGUUCUGUAAUCUACAUGGAGAUUCCAGCAUCAACGAGACUCAGAGAAAGAUUCUUACUGAAAUGUCCUCUGUGAAUGUUGCACUAUUACCUCAACUUGAUCGGAAUGACAACAAUAUGGUUAUUGUGAAGGAACUUUGGAAGUCUUCAACUCCACUUAUUGUUAUUCUGACUGAUGAAGAUGAUAAGGGUGAAGAUGAUGUGUGUGAGAUCGGAGAGAGAAAAUACAGAGUAUCACUGAAGGGAAGAAACCAGUCUGAUGUUUCUGUUGCUCUUAGAGAAGUUAUCAAGAACUGCCUCUCAGAACGGCCUGUGACUUUCACUAUGGAGAACAUAGCAGAACACUCAGAGAUGAAGGUGGAUGAGGAUAAUGAAGACUGUCAGAGAGGAAAGGAAGCUGCACAGGAGAUAAUGAGAUUCCUGAAGAGAAAAGAUCCAUCAACAGUCAAAGAAAAACUCCUGCCCUGCCAGGGGAAACUGUGGCAUGACUGGAGCCAGAAAAACAAAGAUCUACGUCGUCUUAAAAGUGAGACUGUAGAAUUAGAGAAAAGCAAGAAAGAAGAAGAAUUAAGAGAAAUAAGAAAGAAACAGCGGGCAUGUGUUUUCAGUGAUAUCAUGGUGUCAUUUGUUGGAAGUUUAAGGUCACUGUCAGACAGUGAAAAACAAUAUUUCCUAAAGUGGACAACAAUCCUUCUUGAUGACUUCACUUCAGAUACACUCUCUGCACUCCUUCAAAAGUAUGACCAAAAAUGGAAUGAAGUGCUGGAUUUAAAAAAAAAACAUGAUAACCUAGAGAAGAAUAAUCAUGAACUAGCCAUGCUUAGCCUCUCGAAGGAACAUGACAAUUCAGAUAAACUGAAGACUGAACAAUCAAACCUAGAAAAAAUCUCCAACAAGCUUAAUGCUGCCACAUUUGGUUUGGAGCACAUAGUGAGAGAGAUGGGGCAGAUUUUUGAAGCCUCAGCCUCUGCCAGAAAAUAUGAAAUAAUGAAGGACGGAACUUUUUCUUACAUUCCUAAUCUUGCUGCUGAACUCAUGAUAUCUGGCCACCCGAUGGAGCUGAUGGACGGUGAUGCUGCUCAUGUUCCUUUGGUCUGGGUUUCAGCAGUUCUGGAUAAGGUCAUCAGAAAACUGGGAGACCAGAGAGUCUUUGUGUUGUCAGUUCUGGGAAUUCAGAGCUCAGGGAAAUCCACCAUGCUCAACGCCAUGUUUGGACUCCAGUUUGCAGUCAGUGCUGGAAGAUGCACCAGAGGAGCCUUCAUGCAGCUGGUGAAAGUGUCUGAUGAGAUGAAGGGGGAACUGAAGUUUGACUACAUUCUGGUUGUUGAUACUGAAGGUCUCAGAGCUUUAGAACUGGCUGGAAAAGACACCCUACAUCAUGAUAAUGAACUGGCAACAUUUGUUGCAGGUCUUGGAAACAUGACUUUGAUCAACAUCUUUGGAGAAAACCCAUCAGAGAUGCAGGACAUUCUUCAGAUUGUUGUUCAGGCCUUCAUGAGGAUGAAGAAGCUCAGACUGAAUCCCAGCUGUGUGUUUGUUCAUCAGAAUGUUACUGAUGUUGCAGCUGGAGAGAAAAUGAUGGAGGGAAGAAGACGAUUACAGGAGAAACUUGAUGAAAUGACAAAGUUAGCGGCUAAAGAUGAAGUCUAUGAUGCAGAAUGUUUCAGUGAUAUCAUUGCAUUUAAUGUACAGAAGGAUGUGAAGUACUUCUCUCAGCUCUGGGAGGGCAGCCCACCCAUGGCUCCACCAAAUCCAUGCUACAGUGAAAAUGUUCAGGAGCUGAAGAGAGACAUUUUUUCUCGUGCAUCAAAAACAAACUGCAUGAAAUUAUCACAGUUUCAGCAGCGAGUGAAAGACCUCUGGGAGGCUCUGCUGAAUGAAAACUUUGUCUUCAGUUUCAGGAACACACUGGAGAUAUCAGUGUACAGGAAACUGGAGGAGGAGUAUGAGAAAUGGACCUGGAGUCUCAGGAGUGCCAUGCUGAGUAUUGAAGACAAGAUGCUGAACAGAAUCUCCAGUGGAAAAGUGGAAGCAGUAGAAAAACAAGAGCUGAUGAGAGAAAUGUCAGAAACCCUGCAGAAAGUCCAAAUAUCAUUUAAAAAGUAUUUUGAAGAAGACAGUGAAAAGGAAACUCUGAUUCAGUGGAAAAGCAGAUUUGAGAAACAAAUACAACACCUCCAUGAUGACCUUGUAGAUGAGGCCAAAAGAAAACUGGAUGACAACAUCAAACAGAAAAGCAUUAGGAAAAAUCUGGAUGAGCAGCUGAAAAAUCAUGAAAAUACUCUCUUUGAAAAGAGUAAAGAACUCGCUCUGAAGCUUAAAGAAAGGAGCAAAAACAGAGAUCCAAAAGCAAAAUUUGAUUUAGUGUGGGGAAAGUGGGUCACUGAAUUAACUAAAGAUGUUCCAGAAAUCAAAGAUAUAAACAUCUCAAAUGAUGUCAUUAACAUUUUGGGGGAGGGGUUUUCUGAAUAUGGUCGUGUUUUUGAUCAAAAGAAGAGAGCAGAGUACAUAAAUAUUCACAUUGCUGCUGAUUACUACAGUUAUGUUUCUAUGAAAAGCAAGAAGGUGGGACCUGUUUCUUUAUGGGAAAAGUCCCUUAAGCCAGAAGAUCAGACAUCAAUAAGGGAGCUAAUAUCUAAAGUUAUUCAACAAACAACAGAAAAAGUGGAAUCAUUUCCAGUCUCAGUGCAGGGAUACAGCUCAGGCUAUAUCCAGCAGAUUGCACGUGAUGUCAAACAACUAGUGCAGGAGUUUAAACCAAGACACGACUCCUUUGAGUUUAAGAAGGAGUUCUUUGUAGAUCUUUCUCUUUAUGUGUGUGAACAAGCUGGGAAACGCUUUGUAGAACUUCACAGGAAAUACAGAGAAGCAAAUGAUCCACUUUUGUACUUUGAAAAGAAAAAAGCUGAGUACUUUAAAGUCUUCAUGAACUACUAUCAGGGAGCAACAUCUGCAGCAGUGCUUGGAGACAGAAUCUGUGUUAAACUGAAAGAAACAAUCCUGCAGUGUGUGUACAACAUGACUGCUAAAUUCAUCUGUGAUCAGAUGAGAGGAAAACCUCCAUUUAAUGGGAACAGAGGAGAUCUGGAGAAGCACAUUCUGAAGACUCUGGCAGAGCAGGAGGGAGAUAAGGAGGAGAAAUUUAAUAACUUCUUAACAUACAUGAACCAGCCUAAGAUCCACUUUGAAAAUUUCAUCAGAGACAGUGUUAGACAGUACAUGGCAGCAGAAAACCCUCAGGCAGCUUCUGUAAUAAAAGAACACAUCGACCACAAACUGAGAAUUAUCAUCAGUGCAGCAGAAGCAGCAAAAGAUGAGGUCAAAUCUAUAAAAGGAGACGUGAACAAGUGGCUGGAGAUUUUCUCCAACAGUCUUGUAGAUGAGUUAGGAGAUACCAGAGUUCAUCUGAGUGAUGAUGUCACUAAGGAUGUCACUGAUUAUGAUGUUCUCAUAGAUGUUAUUAAAAAAGAGCUCUUGGUUGUUGUUGAAGAGCUAAAAGUAAACAUCUGUAAACUUUCAGAUCUGAGAGAGGAGAUGUUCAGAGAAAAGCCUGAGGAGAUUCUGAUUAAACACUUCUGCAGGUGCUGCUGGAAGCAGUGUCCCUUCUGUGGAGCCAUCUGUACCAACAGUCAAGAAAAUCACACUGAAAAACACCAGGCUGAAUUCCAUCGCUCAGGUGGAAUGAAAGGACGCAAUUUUAAAGAUACAACUGAGUUUUCUAUAAACUUUUGUACAACAAAAGUAGCAACAGAUGAGCUGGGAUUUUUUGCAGGCAUUCCAGAGAAGUGGUACCCUUACAAAGAGUUCUGGACUGCAGGAGGAGAGUACGCUGAAUGGAGCAUCUCUCCUGAUUUUUCUUCUCUGGCCUACUGGAAAUGGUUUGUUUGUGAAUUCAAGGAAUAUCUUGAAAAGCACCACAAACUCUAUUUCCGUGGAAAAGGAGAGAUUCCAUCUGAAUGGAAAACUCAGAUUCAGUCUGAUGCAGUUGCAAGUUUAGGAAUAGAUAAAUAAACUUCAACAAUUCUGGUCAUUACAGAACACUGGCUUUGUCACAAAUGAUAACACAAUCUUUCAUGGAUCUCACCUGGCAAAAUGUAAUCAUGCUGUAUUUGAACUGCACAUAACAUUACUUUGCUCAUUCAACUACAACCCUAAACCAUCUUAUUGUACUGAGGAGAAAAGCACAGAAGAGACUGCAGCACCUAAACAUCUUUCAACAGUAUAAUAUGGAUGCAAAAUCUGUAUCCCUCUGCUUACUGCAUACUACAUGCAUGUACUUUUUCACACCUUUGAAAGAUUUAAGUAAGGCCACAAUUAGAAUCAAUACAAAAGUACUCAGUAAUCCUACAAUUGAUUGUUAUUAUUAUUAUUAUUAUUAUUAUUAUU